CUCAACUGUUGAGAACUUGUGAAAUAUGCAACCCCCUAAUCAAAGGGUCAUUUCGAUUUCCCAGAGGCCUCCACUGCUGCCAUUCUCCCUGACAGAGAAGUUUCAGCGUGAAACUGCUUAGCAAGACGACUAAUUAUAUCUGUUUAAGUCUGAGGAAAGAUAAUGGUCGCUUAUGACAAAGGGCGACCCCUUAACACUUUUAUGGAGGUCGGCUCUCGCGCUGCGCAACGCCUGCUCAACAUGCCCACUUUCUGGUCCGUCCCACUGCCUUAAUCGGUGUCUCCCGCGAGCUGAGUUUUAAUAAUGCAUGAUAUAUCAAAAUGUGGCGCCUUUUGUUAUUAUCGCACGCGUUUAAAUUUUAUUUUCCGUAGCAGCUAGAAGAAGGCAGAAAGGACGGGAAGCACGCAGCAACCCGGCGAGGGCGAGAAGGCGAGGUUCGCUCGUUCCUUAUCUGCUAACCAGCUUCGAGGAACCUGCCCCGCGUGGGCCGCCGAAGGAGGGAGCUGGUUCGCCGCCAAAAUAAGGGCACCGCCAGUUUCCCUUCGACGCCCAGGAAAGCGAGCCUUGCGCCUAAUUACACAUUAGCCCGGCAGCGGGAAGCAGGGCGCGCGGGCGGGCAUGCGAAGCUCCCAGCUGCAUCUGCAGGCGCCGCCACAGACGCUAGCGAGCGAGGCGCAGGAGGCGGCAGCACCGCGGGCUCCAUGGCGGCCGCGCAAGUGCACAUGUGCCAGACCAUCUUUCCCGCGCACACGAACUACCGCGGGGAGUUGGGCGCGGGGCAGCUGCUCAAAUGGAUCGACACCACGGCCUGCCUGGCGGGUAAGCGCGAGCGCCCCCUUCUCCCACCCACCUGCUGCAGGCAUUCAGGGUGACCCUCAGGGCCGGGGGGGGGGCGGGGACGGACGCGCAGCAGCGGGUACUUCUGGCCCCUUCGUCUCUGGCGAGGUCCAAGACAGCGACGGUGCCUGGCUGUUCACCACCUCUUCCAGGCCUUCUAAGAGUUGCAUGGCACAGGCAGAAAGCCUAUUGGUGCAGCUCUUAUCCACUUAACAGGUGGAGAUAGGGCGCAAACGAUGGAUUUUUUUACUUGUCUCGCAAGUAAUAAGAGACAGCAAGCCCAAUCCUCAUCUUCAUGAUGCUGUAACUACCUCCUUUGCACAGUAUCCUCAGUUUGGGAAGCGAGGAUUUGCAGUGUCAGGUAAGGCCAGGUGCCAAUUUCUCCUGGGAGGAAACCCUGUUGAACUCAAUGGGACUUAUUUCUGAGGAGACAUGGGUAGAUUGGUGCUGGCAGCUCCUUACAUUGCAAUCCUAAGUAUAUCUACUCAGAGGUAAGUCCUAUUGAAUUCAUGGAGGUUUACUUCCAGGUGGGUGGGUUUAGGAUUGCAUAGUGCCAGCAUAAAUCCAAUUGUGCUCAUUAGCAGAUACUAAGAAGCACAAAAAAUAUUAGUAAAGUUGUAUUUCUCCCUCUCUCAGUAUGGUAUCAUUCUAGAAUUAUAUGAUUAUUAUGCUGGCACUUGCAACUUCCAGAGGUUUUUUCUUCCUUCAAUAAGGCUGUGAGGUACACUGAAGCAUUUGUAAUGCAAACUAGCUUAAUUACAAUACUCAUUUUGUCGGUAAAGAAUUUAGAGAUUUCACAGCUUUAAAAAUUAAAACAGGUUCAUUAUUCUCUUUUAUAUAACCCCAGUUACUGAAUGAUUUUAUCUUUUUUGUCACAACUCUCCAAUGAGGUAGGAAAGAGUUAUUAAGCUAGGGGGUCACCAUGGACAAAUUUGGAAUUUUGAGAGAGUGCCAUGUGCACCACCCUUCAAGUAGGUUCUCUGCCCUGGGCCAUUCCCCACAAAAGACAAAAAGAGAAUCUGUGUGUGUGUGUGUGUGUGUGUGUGUGUGCGCGCGCGCCUUUAUGGCCUCUGGACAGAAGUUAGAAGCAGUAGAAUUAAAAUGCAGUCUCUUGAACUUGUAUGAUUUUACAAAGGACCCCCCCCCCAUCUUACAGUGGUAUAUUUCACAUCCAACAGCACAUAUCCAGUGCUUGCCAACACACACACACAUACGGCAGAGAUCCUAAAGGAUCUUCAUAAUUUUUACUAAAGAUGACAACAACCCACCAACAAAUCACAGAACACCCUCUGUAGAUAGAGAGGUGACUUUUGAAUUGUUCGUUGUUUUGAGGGUAUCUCUUGUAAAAAUUAUGAGGAUCCAGAAAGAAUACUCAGGGGCUUCUUGGGCACCAGGAAAAGUCCUCAAGACUGCUAUUGUGGCUAUGGGCACCACAGUGAGCAAGCCAUAUUUUUCACACAUUUGUAUACAACGCCAGCAGUAGAAUUAAACAGCAUUCACCAGAAACCCAUGUUCUGCAUCCUGCAUUUGCCUGUACUGUUUUCUUUGAACUUGCACAAGACAGCUACUGAACACAUGCACUCUAUCCACCAGGUCAGUUUCUCUCUCCAUGAAGAUUGGUAUAUGGUUACAGUUGUUGGAUGACAUUCCUUAGUUAAGCCAAUUGCUUGCUAAUAGUCAGGAAUGAUUGGUUGGUGUUCUCUCGGUGUAACAUAGGUCUGGAAAUGUUUUCCUGAAUGACCAGUUUGCCAGUGAGGUUAGAUCCGAUACCACUGUUGUGCCAGAGAGUGUGUGUAACAGAAAAGGCUAUUUGAAUCUAAGAUACUCAUGGGAGAAAGUGGGGAGUAUUGAAAGUGAGCUGGCUAAAAACGAGAGAUGGUGCAGGUGCUCUAUAUUGGGAAACCCAAUGCAGGAUUAGCAUCUGUACUGCCUGUUCCCCACAGAGAGUGCUACAGUUCGGAUUAGCAAACUGCAACUUCCAGAAUUCUUGGGGGAAGAAGCCAUAUGCUUAAAAUGUAUGGUGUGGAUGUGACCUGAGUUCAGUUCUGAUACUGAAAACAAAAUCCCUAGGCUCAGAGGCAUCCUGCAUGCCUUUUGCACCUGACUCUACCUGGUAGAUCUUAGGGUUCAAAUAAUUAAAAAACAGGCUUCUGAGAAAUCUGAAGCCUGGCUACCCUGAUGAACCUCACAGGGUUAUUAUGAGGAUGAAAUGGAGAAUAUUCUAUAAAUAUCCUAAAGUCCUUGGAGGAACAGUAGGCUACAAAUGUUAAAAGAUAAAUGGGGGGGGGGGAGUUUGCCAUCUUUUCCUUCGGAAGUUAAGCAUUACUCAAGAGGCUGUAAAUUAUUUCAAGCACUAUCUCACCAGUACCCUUAUAUCUAGUUCACAGAUUGCCCAGUUUCGUGUUCUCAUUGGGUUUAAAAGAUGAUUAGACAAAUUCUGGCUCUCUGGCUGUUAAAGAUCAUGACAGUGUUCUGCUUCAGUUGUCGGAGGCAUAUACUGCCUCUGAAUAUCAUUUGCAAGGAAUCGCAAGUGGGGAGGGUGCUGUUGCAUUCAGGAGCUGCUUGUGGGCUUCCCACAGGCCUCCAGUUGACCACAGUAAUUGGGCUGCUGGACUAAUAUCCUUACGUAUAAUUUUUAAGAAAACAGUUUUGUGGAUUUCAGUUGUGUUUUAUUGAUAAUCUUGCUAUGUAAGCCAUUUAGAGAGUGUUGUCAUGAAGCAAUCUAUAAAUCUUAACAAAUGAAUAGAAUUUAUAGAUUUUGGUGGGGGGCGGGGAGAAAACAUGUAUGCUUGUUGUGAAGCUGCAGUUGGAACUGGUAAAUGCGAUAAAAUAGAUGCAGGAUAACAAAACCAGAUGGGGUAGCCAGUACCACGGAAGACAAAAUCUGGAUUCAAUAUGACCUUAACUGGGCCCAACUAAGAAGAUGAAUUUCAAUAGGGACAAAUGUAAGGUUCUGCACUUAGGCAGGAAGAACCAGAAGCACAAAUAUAAGAUGGAGGACACCUAGAUUGCCAGUAGUACAUGUGAAAAGGAUCUAGCAGAGUUAAUGGACCAAAAGCAUAAUGUAAGUCACCAGUGUGAUGCAGCAACAAAAAAAGCAAAUGCUAUUUUAGGCUGCAUCAACAGAAGUAUAGUGUCCCGAUGAAGGGAAGAAAUGGUACCACUCUGUUCUGUUUUGGUCAGACCACACCUGGAGCACUGUGUCCAGUUCUGGACACCACAAUUUAAGAAGGAUGUUGACAAGCUGGAAUGUGUACAGAGGAGGGCAACCAAGAUGAUCAAGUGUCUGGAAACCAAGCCUUAUAAGGAAUGCUUGAGGGAUUUGGGUACAUUUAGCCUGGUAAAGAGGAGGCUGAGGGGAGAAAGGAUAGCCAUCUUCAAAUAGCUAAAGGGCUGUGACAUGGAGGAUGGAACAAGCUUGGUUUCUCCUGCUCCGAAGGGUAGGAACUGAACCAAUGGAUUCAAGCUACAAGAAAGGAGAUUGGAACAGACUCCCUAGGGAGGUGGUGGACUCUCGUUCCUUAGAGGUUUUUAAGCAGAGGUUGAAUGACCAUCUGGGAGUCCCUUCCAGCUCUACAAUUCUAUGAUUAACAAUGUGUAUCUUUGGAAGGAAAGCAUCCUAUGUGUAAAGUGGCCCUUAGAAGACAACCAAAUUAACCAUGCUUAAGGGCAAAGGCAUGUUGAGAGAAAACUUAUAAUUGCUUAUAUGUUUAUAAUUGCCUUUUCUUUCAAGCUGAGAAACACGCUGGCAUGCCCUGUGUGACAGCAUCGGUGGAUGACAUUCAGUUUGAAGAAACUGCCAGGUAUACCUUCAAAUAGUUAUUAUCAACACUUUUCACAGCCUUCUUUUAUUUUCUGUGUAACAGAGAUUAACCAGAACAUUAAAAAUUGGUCCAGUGAACAUAGGAGAUGAUUCUCUUAAGGGUGGGCAGCUUCUCUCAGCCUGAGGACCAUGUUCUGUCAUGGGGCCUCAUCAUAGCUGUCAGUUGUUCCUUAUUUGGUGGGAAAGUCCCUUAUCCCAGCGCUGUGUCCCGCUGCUGUCCCUUAUUGAUGAUGUCCCUUAAAUUUCCCGGGUUUCAAAGGAAGCAGCUCCUCUCUCUCCCUCCCUGCCGGCCAGGGAGGAGGGAGGCCCCAACUGUGUUGCUUGGCUGCGUUGCUCACCCAAUAAGGAGUCUAAGAACGACACAUGCCUUGUGCCGAUCAAAUUGGCCGCGUUGCCUGCGUCGCCUUUGCUCAGCGCUUCCCAGCGGAGAGGUGACGGUGGUUUUCCUUGCUGCAUCCCCUUUGCCGGGUUGCUGCGCUGUGAGAACCACCGCUUGAGGCUUCGUUUGGCUGCUGGCUGGGCUUUCUGCCUUUGGCAUGGAGGGGCUCAGAAGCUGAAAAUCCCUUAUUUUGGCUGCUGAGCCCUUAUUUUCGAGGCUGUUGGUCCCUUAUUUUCAAAUCUGUAAGUUGACAGCUAUGGGCCUCAUGACAAUAGUGGACAAGGGCCAGAUGCAGGAGGAGGUGGAGGAACAUAUGAGGCUCUUACCUUUGUACAGUAGGUUACAUUCCAGCCGUGUUGAAAUCCAACACACACACACCUCAAUUCUGCAUUUAGCUAAGCAAGUAUUAUGAUCAUAGUUCAAAUAAACAUGGACACUCAAGGAGGGCAUGGGGGGGGCAUAGCCCAAGGAUAGGGGUGUGUGAGUUGGGGGAGCGGGGAGUUCAGAUAGGAGUGCCUGCUAGGGAUACAAGUUUGUCUACAAAUACAACCAUUUACUGAGAAAGGAAACCACUUAAAAAAAAAUCUUACAAUGUUUUUCUUGAUAUGACAAUGAGUGCCAUUCAUGCGUAAGAAGUCAUAAAUUGGCAUCCCCCCCCCCCAUUUUCAAAGAUUAUGCAUUUAAUGGAUUCAUAAAAGUGCAUGCAACUCAAGAAAUAUAUUUUGCUUUUAACUUCCAGAAAUAAGGGGGGGGGGGUUUCCCCUCUGAAGCUAAUAGCGAGCAAUUUUUGCCAGUCAACUGUUUGUCUCGAUUGUUAAUGUGGGAGAAGUCUGGCAGUUUUAUGAAGUUAACCUUCCACCUGAGUGUUAAUUAACUUUAAAAGCAUUUAUAAUUAAUGUUAAUGUUCAUUAAUUUUGAAAACUAAGAUAACAUUUCUUUCUGCUGUGCUGUAAAAGUACGGAAUGAUGGCAAAUGCAAUUAUUAACUUCUGUGAGAUUUUAGACUACAAGUCUGUGUUUUCCUGAGGAGCAAGGCCUGAUGGGUUCAUGCAGUAUUUUCUAAAUGGCACAACUUUGUGAGCACAAAUACAUAUGUAGGUGCCAUAUCCAUGCACAGCAAGUUCAUAUUGCAGCAGUUACCUCUGGUAUGAAGAAACAAUAAUAUAUUUACAGUGAUGCUCCAGUUAUAGUGUUGCGUGAAUCACUUUUCAGACAGCUCUCCCCCCCCCAUUGAGUUUCGUGUGUACUCAUUAGUGGCUUAAAAUGCAGCUAGGUCAUUCUUUUUCUCAAUUCAAGCUGGUAUUGGAGUAAAGAUAAAGAGACCCCUGAACCAUUAGGUCCAGUUGCAACCAACUCUGGGGUUGCGGCACUCAUCUCGCUUUAUUGGCCGAGGGAGCCAGUGUACAGCUUCCGGGUCAUGUGGCCAGCAUGACUAAGCCGCUUCUGGUGAACCAGAGCAGCGCAUGGAAACACCAUUUACCUUCUCACUGGAGCGGUACCUAUUUAUCUACUUGCACUUUGAUGUGCUUUCAAACUGCAAGGUUGGCAGGAGCAGGGACUGAGCAACGGGAGCUCACCCCGUGGGAAUUCGAACCACCGACCUUCUGAUCAGCAAGUCCUAGGCUCUGUGGUUUAACCCACAGCGCCACCUGCGUCCCGUGGUAUUGGGGUAGGGAAGCCUCAAAACACAGUAUUUCAGAAGAAAUGACAAGAUGGAGGAGUGCACUGGAUGCUGAAUAAACAAGCAUGCACGCAGCCCAAGUCCUAUGGAAUGCAGUGGAGCUUAUUUCUGGGAUAUGCUUGGACUGUAUGUUGUUCCUAAGCCGAAAACAAGAUGUCCCCAAGUCUUCUACAUUCCCAUUUCCCAAGAAAUUAGCUGUGUUUCUUUAAUCCACAAGGAAUAUAGAAGUAGUACCCAACAUGGUGCCUCUAUGUGUUGUUGGAUUCCAACGCCCAUAAUUCCUGACCGGUGGCUCUGCUGGCUUUGGAUUCCAACAAUAUCCAGAGUGUGCCAUGUUGGCUGCUCCUGAAGUAUAGGAGAAAGUUACUUGUAACAAUGUGAUUUUUGCACAAUGAAUUAAGAGCAAUGCAUCUUAUUCCUUCAGCUCUUGCACUCCAAAUCAGAACAGUAGUAGUAGUAGUUGGUAUAAUUAUUACUCCUGCAACUAUGUUUUGGCCUGUCAACUCCUAAAGCACCAAAGACUAGAAAUCAAAAGAGAAAUAGGAGGUGCCCAACCCCAUGUUUCUGUUGUAAGAUGAAUGUGAUGGAAUCACUGGGGAGAAUUGGGAGGCAAGGGAAACCUUAACUCUUCCCUCCCCGCCAAUUCUCCCUGCAAAUGCCCCCCAAGCUGGUUUAGGUAUCUCUCCUCCCUGCAUAGACAAACUGUAACUGUUCCAGGUUUUUAUGCUCCUUGCUUUGUCGUUGAGAUGUUGGAAUUUUUGAAUAUCCAUCCUGUGUGAGUAAAAUCUGCUACUUAUAUAUGGCCCCCCUCACCUAACCUGCCUACAGGGAAAACAGCUCCCCCCCCAUUAAAGAACAAACAUUGUUGUUUGUGUUUGUACACCGUGUGAAUUCAUCAGCAGUGACUAUUUUACAUAAGUUUGUAGUUUAGAUUUCCUUCUCUUUUUGCAUUUUCUUUGUGUACCCUUACUGAGAGCAUUCAGCCUGCUACACUUCAAAAGGUCCCCAUCAGUUACAAAUGAGAAUGCAAUGGUCUGUGACACUGCAGUGUUCCCUGAAUUCCAAUUCCCAGAGCCUCUGUUCAGAGCAAGUGGCUUUCAGGGUACUUUUCAACAGUGACAACGGAACUUCCUAUAUAUAUAUAUAUAAACAGAAUUAUUAACCAUAGAUGGGAUGCCCCUGGCCUUACAAUGACUUUUUAAAGAAUGUUUAGAUAGUGUUCACACGCCAGCCUUCAGGAGCUCUGGGUUCUGGAGAACAAGAUUAGAUUCUAAGCAUUUCAGGGAGAUACUCUGAAAAUAAAGGGUUUCCCUGACAUAAAUAUAAGAAUAAGCCAGAACCACAUAGUUGUAUGAAAUUCAAGGUGAGGUGAUAGCAUGUUUGGCCCCUGGCAUCACCAGUUAAAAGAAAUGGGUAGCAAGUGAUAUGAAAGACCUCUACCUGAGGCCCUAUAGAACCACUGCUAGGUGAAGUAGACAAUACUGGACAAAAUAAAUACAUUUACCUGGCGUAAGAUAGCUUCUUAUGCUCCUAAGGGACUAACGAAAAGAAAAGCAACCGUAGCACCAGCAACAUAAUGUGUGGAAAUGGCUCCAGCCUUGCAAAAUAAGAUAAAUGAAAGCACCUCUUUAUGCAGCGCAUAGUUAAAACUGGCCACGGUGAUGGCCAGCAACAGAUAGCUUUAAAAGAGGAUUAGGUAAACUAAUGGAAGAGGAGGCUACUAGCCAUCACGGUUCUGCUCUCCCUGCAGAGUUGGAGGCAGUGAUGCUUCUGAAUGCUCUUUGUGGGAAACUGCAAGAGGGGAGGGCUCUCUUGUGUUUGUGUCCUGCUUGCUGGUUCCCCAUAGGCAUCUUGCUGGCCACUGUCAGAAUAGGAUAUUGGACUAGAUGGGCCAUGGACCUGACCCGGCAGGCUCUUCUUAUGUUUUUAUGUCCACAAAAGUUUCUAAGCUGCAAAAAAAUUCUACUAGCAUGAUGAAGUGCUGCUAGAGGAGGAACAGAGAGUCCUGCCCCUCCUACAGCAAACCAGAGCAGGACAGCUCACUCGGUUUCCAUGCUAGGUGCAGAGGAAGGACAGAAUGUUCAACCUCUCAUUCGCCGGACCUCCCACAUACCUAAUGGAAUUUCCUGUUACCAUUUGCAGUCAGGCGAGAGUGCCUGAUCCAAGGCUGAGAUAGCCUUUCUUUGUCGGUACUUCACAUGUGUGGAUCCUGGCAAUGAAAACCAAAUUCUAGGCCCAGGGUUAUGUACCAUGUUGAAAUAGGCUCCAAUUAAGACCUGCUACUCUUUCUGUCGUGAGGGACGUGGGUGGCGCUGUGGGUUAAACCACAGAGCCUAGGGCUUGCCGAUCAGAAGGUUGGCGGUUCCAACUCUAUGAUUCUAUGAUUCUAUAUGGUGUUCCUGCUUGGCAGGGGGUUGGACUCGAUGGCCCUUGUGGUCUCUUCCAACUCUAUGAUUCUAUGAUUCUAUGAUUCUAUGGUUCGAAUCCCCGCGACGGGGUGAGCUCCCAUUGCUCGGUCCCAGCUCCUGCCAACCUAGCAGUUCGAAAGCACGUCAAAGUGCAAGUAGAUAAAUAGGUACUGCUCUGGCGGGAAGGUAAAUGGUGUUUCCGUGCGCUGCUCUGGUUUGCCAGAAGCGGCUUAGUCAUGCUGGCCACAUGACCCGGAAGCUGUACGCCGGCUCCCUCGGCCAAUAAAGCGAGAUGAGCGCCACAACCCCAGAGUCGACCACGACUGGACCUAAUGGUCAGGGGUCCCUUUACCUUUACCUUAUGGUUCUAUGAUAAGUGUUCAGCAGCUUGCCUGUGGACAGUGGGCAGAGGCUGACCAAGCAGUGUCACCUUCCUUGCCAUUGCCCUGCAGAGCCAAAAUGCUUUAUUUCUGCCAAUACCCCUCUCUCUCUCUGGUAUUGAUGGCUGGCCAUGCAGUAGCCAGCAGUGUCAUGUUGCCAUUGCUAGAUCAGGGCCAGUAAAGGCCUGGAACAGCUUAUAAUAUUCUGUUUUUGUAUAAUGAGAUUAUGGUGCUUUUUUCUGUUAAUAGAGUCGGACAGAUUAUCAGCAUUAAUGCUAAGGUAAACCGGGCAUUCACUACGAGUAUGGAGGUAAGAGACUGCAUUUGUUUGUCUUGGUGUGUUUUUAAGCUGAGAUUAUAUAUGGUGCUAUAUAGGCAGAAUGAAACAAAUGAAAGAAUGAAUUCAUGUUAAGUAAAUGGCCACCGCCAAUAGAUGUAUUGAGCAGGGACUCAAAUCUCUCUCAUUAGUUUUUAUCUCCUUCUCUACAUUUCAUAAUCAUUUAUUGCCACAACAUGACUCUUGUCUUCUACCCCCUGGUUACAGGUCCAAAACAUACCCCAGGGCCCCUUAGCUGCCCAGAGCUAUUGACUUUCUCAGAGGCUAUGUCCAUGGUACUGUUUCAGUAGAUCCACUCUCGCAAAAUAGGCUCUCUGACAACUUUUGUGGUCACCAAACACUUGUACUCUUUAUGCAGAACUACCUCUGGCUUCUCUUUCAAGUGAACCGGUAUCUGCCACAGUACACUGCUAAUUUUUAAAAGUUUACAUUCUUCUUUCUCAAAACAUUUUGUUCCAACAGUUUGUUAAAGAGUUGAGCACCGAAACUGAAUGAAAAAGUUCAUAAAUACAGAACAUCUGCAGGCUUAUCAGUUCAAAAUGUGCCCUCAAGUCUAUAUUAGUUUUUAUGGGGUUUAGUCAUGCACGACAAAGACUAUAAAAGCUAUAAAGAGCGCCAGUGUGAUGUAAUGUUUAGAGGGUUGGACUAGGACUGAAGAGACCUUGAUUCAAAUCCUCAGUCAAUUCAAAGCUUUCUGGAAGACCUUGCACCAGUCUCAGUCUAACCAACCUCACAGGAUGCUGUGAGAAUCUGGAGAACCAUGUACUGUAUUCUUCUUCAGCUCCUUGGAGGAAAGGCAGGACGUAAAUUUAAUAAAUCAAUAAAUAUUGACUGAAAAUGGCCCAAGUGUUUCCUCCCUCCUUUCAGCACCCCACCCCCUUUAAAAUUAGCCACCCAUCAACAUUUUAUAGAAUCAGCACUUCUACUUAGGUUUACAGUACUGCGCGCACUUAGCAGAGAAUAGGUCCCGCUGAACUCAGUCAGUAUCUCUGAGCAUCCAAACUGAACUCCAGUUUACCUGAAGGAGCGUCUCGACCCCCAUCAUUCAGUCUGGACACUGAGGUCCAGCUCUGAAGGCCUUCUGGCGGUUCCCUCACUGUGAGAAGUGAGGUUACAGGGAACCAGGCAGAGGGCCGUCUCAGUAGUGGCGCCCGCCCUGUGGAAUGCCCUCCUGUCAGAUGUCAAGGAAGUAAACAACUAUCUGACUUUUAGAAGACCUCUGAAGGCAGCCCUGUUUAGGGAAGUUUUUAAUGUUUGAUGUUUUAUUGUGUUUUGAAUAUUCUGUUGGGAGCCAAGCCACCCAGAGUGGCUGGAGAAACUCAGCCAGAUGGGUGGGGUAUAAAUAAUAAAUUUAUUAUUAUUAUUAGUAGUAGUAGAUGUAACAUAGGAUUGUACUGUUAAGACACUUGGGAAGCAAUGGAGAUAAUAACAUAAUUAUGAAACCAGUUGGUGAGCUCAGCUCUUUAUUAAGAUGAAGGGAGUGCUAGUAUUAUUACAUAAACCAGUUCUAAAUUAUAUAACUCCUAGUAAUCCGGUGGUGUUGUUUCCAUUUGCAUGUAGGUUGGUGUGAAAGUUACAUUGCAAGAUCCUCUUACCACCUUCCAAAAACUGAUUUGUGUGGCUUUCUCUACAUACGUGGCAAAACCAGUACAUAAUGGCAAGGUGAUAUAUUUCAUUCAAAAAUGGUCCUUUGUUUAACGUGGAUUCCAGAAUGGUCUGUAAAGCAAAUUCAUGGCAGCUUACCCUUACAUAAUUUGUACUAAUAUUGUUUGUCUGACAGCAGAGUAGUAGCACCGCUGAAGAAUUGUAGUGGGCAAACAUGCAUCAGAAACUUUUACUGCGGUAAUUUGACAGUGGGCUAGCUAGGGGAAGUGCCACAAUUUCAUUGCAUUCAGUGCCUGCUACGCAUUGCAUUUCUAGUUCUGUUUUCUGAGACAAAUUUUAGUUUAGGUUGAUUUUAAGACGUGUGUAUCUGUGUGUGUAAAUACUCUGGCACCGGGGGGCGGAGAGCAGGUGGGGGCGGGGCUGGUGUGUGUCCUGGGGGCGUGGCACACCACCUGUGGGGGCAUGGUGCCCAGCGUGGGCGGGGGACAUCCGCGAUGGCACCCCACCGGGAUUGCACUGCCGGGGACAGUGCAUUCCCCCCGCACUCCUCUUCCUCCGCCAGUGUGUAAAUAAAUAACCAACAUUUGGUAAAUCCGGAAUGUGAGCAAAUGCAUGUCAAGAUACUGUUGGUAUGUUAUCUCUUCUUACCAAUUAUUAAUGCCGCUUAAUACAAAAGUGGCAGAAUGAGGUGCAGACUUUGCUGUUGUUCAGAUAAUGAAGACGCACCUCUUUACCCAGGGCUUUGACACCUGAAAUGUAUACUGUAUUUUCAGGAUAUUUUCAGGACCCACACUGUUGUUUGUGGUUGCAUUUUUUAUUGUAAGUUUAAAACUGCUUUUAAUGCUGUAUUUUCACUUGUAAAUAACCCCGAGAACUUAGGGUAAAGGGUAGGUAAUAAAAUAAAAUAAUAAAAUAAAAGUAGAAUUUACUUUUACAAUCCUUUUUAAAAAAUCUUAAUUUGUUCAGGUUGAUUUAAAACCAGUGAAGUUCGUCACUGCACAGGAUUCUCUCGAGCACACCCUGGCUGCUGAGAGAAGAAAAAUCCGACUGGAUCAUGAACGCGUCUGUAAGAACCUGGUGGAAGAAUGUGGCAUGAAUAGUGGUUAGUCAUUAGAAUUUUUUAUUAUUCUUGUAUCCUACCCUUCCACCCGUAGGUAUCCAGGGGGCCUCACAAUAACCAUUAAAAUGAAGUCAGCAUAAAAUAUAAUUCAAACCAUAUAAUUCAAACCAAUAUCAGCAAUGAAACACAGUGCAGCAGACUGCAACACCUGGACUAUUGAACACCAGUCCAGCUAUGUGCCAAUGGAACAAACAAGUAUGUCUUAAAUUAGAUCCUGGAAGAUAAUGACAUGGGGGACAGCUAAAACAUUGCUGUGUUCUUCCCAUUUCCAAGUGGUGAGGAGUUUCAGGGAAGCAUUAUCCAGAUUGGGUUCCUAUGGAGUUUCCUAUCUCUGGAAACUUAAGGCAUUUUAUAAUAUUUGGUUUAUUGACAAAUAGAGUACAAAGUAGAGCAUACAGAUCUCCUAUUCCACAUUAGAUCCCAAUAAAAGUUAGCUACGCAUACAAAGUGCCUUGAGCUCAUCACUCAUACGCACAUUUUUGUUUGUGUGUAUUCUCAGUCUGCUUCUGUUGUUCACACCCCUCCCCUACCAUCUGCCCCCUCACUUUGGUCAGAAGGUGGGGUAGAUCUGCAACACUAGCGUCCCAGUACAUGGGUCACUGUUGUUUACUAGUAGCAGGAGGUGUAGGGCAGCAGGGAGGUGGGUGUGGCAGAAAUGCAUAAAUGGUGAGUCCAUUUGGUAUUAUGCUAAUUUGCUAAUGGCCCAACGUGGUUGCAUAUACUGUAGUGUUGUUUCCAUAAACUUAAACUAUCCAUGUUGGAAAAUGUUUUGCACUCAUAACCUUUAAAACUUACAAAGUCCUUUUGGGCAGGAUGCAUAGUUUUAGCAAUUAUCUUAGACUAAAUCAGGGGUACCCAAACUUGGGUCUCCAGCUGUUUUGGGACUACAACUCCCAUCAUACCUAGCUAGCAGAAACAGUGGUCAGGGAUGAUGGGAACUGUAGUCCAAAAGUAGUUGGAGACCCAAAAUUGGAAAACCCUGGACCAGAUGAAAUCAAUAUAGGACAUUUCAACCUAUGGAACUGCACAUGCUCAUGUUUUAAAAAAAGAAGCAGCAGCACACUGUGACACCGUAAAGCAGUUUUUCUCCUUAAAACACACUACCAUAGCCAGCACUGGCUUAACAGUGAUAAAGAGCAAAAAAAGUAAAGUGUUAAAUUAUCUUGUGCUAAGAUUGCUUUCCAUGAAACAUCCACAAAGUUCACGAAGCAAGGUGGAAUUUGUCUUCUAAAUACAAAUUGUACAACUUGAUAAGUAGGUCCAAAGUGCAAAGCGCUCAGAUGAAUCCAAGCUACAACACAGGGGUUAUAAAACAGAUGUAAGUGGGGCAGAAGCCAAACACUUAAUUCAGGUCAAGUGGGAUCAUGUGACAGAUUAGCAUGAUUGGCAUUUUUUUGGAAAUAUAAAGAUCUUGCUUUGCUAGAGAGCUCUUCACCCUGGAAGACAGAUUCCUCCUUCCCCUGUUGAAUUAUGGGUAUUAAAUAGACCUGUAGUCCAAUUUCUGUCUUUUAAAACAUAUAUUUAUAUGAUCCAAAUUCUAAUAAGCUCACAUAGUAUGAAUUUUAGCCUGACAGUAUUAGAGAACAGGGUCAACCAACUAGCCCGACAUUACCUGUAUUCUAUGCUCUCAUAACAGCCAUAAACUCUUUUGGAAUUGUCUUAUGGGAUACAUACCUUACAAAGUCACCCUGCUGAUUUCACUGAAGCUGCUUUAUUCCUAAGACAUAGGGCAGUGGCAGCCACAGUAUAAUUGGACUGGUCUGUCAUUUCACUAACAUCCUUGGCUAUUCACUUCAUACAUUUCAGAACAAGUUUGCAAUCAAAAAGAAGGUGAAAUUUCCACAGAUCUCACCCAUGUGCAGAGCACUGAACUUGUCUUGCCUCCGCAUGCCAAUCAUCAAGGAAAUACAUUUGGUGGCCAAAUUAUGGCUUGGAUGGAGACAGUGGCCGUUAUUUCAGCAAGGUACCAUUUUUUUAUUCAGCAUCCUUCCGUGUUACACGUUACUGGGCAGGCCUAGUGAGAAAUGCAAGGUUUCUUUCUUUCUCUUUGUCUACUAGUUUAAUGUUCGUCUAAUCACGCAGAGAAUUCCAUCAUCCCCCUGUUGCUUGGUGCAUGUAGCUCUCUCUCUCUUUGUGUGUGUGAGACAAGAAUUUCUAUUAGAAUUCCCUUCACACACCAGUGGGCCUGAUUCAUUGCCAGGGUGCUGGAUGUGUCAUUCCCAUUCAUUAUUCAUGUAGCUCUGAUUUGUAACCUGAAGUUAUACCAAUAAUAACUGACUUUCCUUUGUUACUGGAUAAACAGCUCAUUUUAAUAAAAUUGCAAAUCUGUCACAGGUUUUACACGGUCAUAACACCAAUGACCCAAGUGAGCGGCAUUUAUAUGUAAGCACACAACCUCAUUUAUAUAUCUGUAUCUAUAAAUGGUUCCCAAAUAACUCUGCAAUAAAUCUGGUCCAGAAGAAUGGAAGUUGGGUUUAGCUGCAGCAAAAUAACACAUCAGACGCUGAAAAUAUUUCUUUUUUGCACUUAAAAGUGAUGAGCCAAAAUGUAGGAGAAACAGUGCUAAACAGUGACAGAGACCUGUCUAUUUUGCUUGACAAAUAGCUGACCUUGCUGCAAAGCUUUUGUAAAACAACUUACAAUUAGAUUUGACCUUUGAAGGUGCCAGUUAGAGUUGCUAUGACCACAGGCUUACAAGGAAUGAGAAUGAGGUUUAUAAAAGCAAGCAGUACUCAAAGAACAAACUGAAUAUAUGCUCAGACGGGGUUUUUUAUAUAUAUAUCCUCUUUAAAUACUGUGAUACUAACCAAGCAGUGUCGAUGCUGAACUCAACAGCAAUCUGCUAGAAUGAGAUUUGGUCUUUCAGGUACACCAUGUCUGUAAAAAUAUGGGCUUACCUUUCUAGCAAAAUAAUAUCAGGUUUUUAGGCCUAACAGUGAAAAAAGAUUGCAAACUUCAUCUACACAUUUACACCUCCGUUCUUGACAUUAAUCUGCUUCUAUCUUUAUUGUUGUAUUGCAAAUGAGAUAUUUAGCAAUUUAAAUAGGAGGAGCAAAUUAUUCCUAAUGAAAACCAAAGUAAUUUGAAUGCAUUAUAAAGAUGCACAAUUCAAUUAAUUAGAAACAGAUAAUUGUGCACGCUUAACAAUUCUGGUACAUUAUAAAGGGUAAUUGAGUUAAGGCUAAAGAUAAAUAAUGGUGCAAAACAGUAUUAUCUCUAAGCUAAGCAAAGGUUAGGAAGAAAUUUCAGCCCUACAACACCACCACAACAAAACAAUACCUAAUUCUCAGCAUAUUCUUUUUAAAAGAUUCAUGCUGUUAAAAUAAACUCACACAAGGACUUAAUUUCCCCCCCUUUCAUAUAUAGGGACUAGUGAGCCUAGCACUGCCUGGGAUUGUUUUAGAAACUAAAAAAACCCUUGUUUUUUGAAAAAAAUGGAGUUUUUUUUGAGUUUGGACCCAUCACAUCAAAAAUCAAGUGUAGUCACUACAAAGUCAUGUUUCAUUUCACCAUCUCGAUUCAAAAUUGCACUUAGUGUCCAAACUUCAAUGAAUAUACUAACCUCAAGAACUUUUGCGCAGAGUUCAGCAACAAUACCUUGAGGGAUGGCCAGACCUAUGCCCCCAAAUGGGUGCAGUCACACCAAAGUCACAUUUGGGUCUGCCUCCUUGAUUCAGAAUGGCACCUGGUGCCCAAACAUUGGCACAGACCCUCAUCCCUCCACCCGUGAUGUGUUUGGCAGCAAUAUAUUGAGAGGCAGACAAAACAGGCAAAGAAAUACCAGUGUUUAUAAUUUUUUAAAGAAAUUGUUUCUGUACUCAAUUGUUUUUAACUGUUUUUAUAUAUGUAACUGUCUUAUAUACCUCAUUAUACUGUAAAGCGAUUUGAGAUGUUUCAUAGGAAAUGAUUCAUCAAAUAAAUGAAUGAACGAAUGAAGAAAAAUAGCACUUAAUGUAUGGAAGAGCUAAGCCAAACAGUCCCCCCUCCCCCCCUUUAAAUAAUAGAUACAGAUACCGGAAACCACAAUUCUCAAAUGCUCAAGUUCCAACUGAAGAGAAUGUUUCUACUCCCAAACCUUUAUUAAAACCAGUAUAAGCUAUAAACUUGGAAUUUCCAUUUUAUAGACUUAGUUUGUUGCAUAGAAAUACUGAAAUGUUGCAUUGAUAUGAAAAGAAAUAGCACGAUAAUAUAUGUAUUUUAAUUUGCUUUCCUUUUUCCUCCUUCAGUCGCCUGUGUAGGCUGCAUCCGACUUUGAAAUCUGUAGAUAUGUUUAAAUUCCGGGGACCUUCAACAGUUGGUGACCGCCUGGUUUUCAAUGCUAUAGUUAACAAUACUUUUCAGAAAAGGUAAUAAGCUUGUCUCUAUCUUAAUGCUACUGUGUGGUCUAAAAUGCUUCAGUUUCAAUUUGCAUAAAGAAUAUAAAAAUUAAAAUGUAGUCUGCAGUGCUAUUUUUCUAGAAAAAAUAGGUGCCAGAAGUCACCACAAACUCCUCACUUGUUCUCUUAUAAUGGCAAUGGUCCCCAUCUGAGAGGUGCCAAGACUGAGUUCCAGCGAGUUCCAAGUGGGGGAAAAAAGCCCUGGUAGUUUGAAAUUAUACCAUUCUGUGUUACACUAGCAAGAACAUAAGUAUUAAAAAUUCAUAUUCAGAUAUUUCCCCUCUGUUUAUUGUACAACAACUGGAGAUUGUAGUUUCUUGUAUGUAUGCUCCAUUAUUCAUACGCAUUCCCUUUGACCAGUUAUUAUGUGUUAUCCUAGCCCAGUAGUAACAGACCCAAGCAAAUCAGUAAAUCUCUUUUUUAAAAAAAUAAUAUUUAUUGAAUUUUAAAGGGUUACAAAAAGAAAAAAUUAAAAAAACAGCAUAUUAAAGAAAUACAAAACAUCACAUCACAAUAAUAAAAAAAGAAAAAAGAAAAGAAAAGAAAAAAUACAAUGAAUCUUCCCAUAACUUAUCUUUCAUUUGCUUAUUUCCUUGACUUCCUCACACCUCCCUUUUUUGUAUUCUAGUUCAAUUAGCUAUUUCAGCAAAUCCUUUCCAUCUUUUCCAGUUUUUGUCCUCUAUUUUAUCUUAAUAUAAUGUAACUUUACUUUCCCUCCUUCACCAUUUAGCAAUCUAUUUUUUCUUAAUCCUUUAUAGCAUUUCUGCUAAAACCGCAUUAUUUCAUUCCAGCAUCCUUCUAACAUUCCUUAAUUUUGCAAUGUUUCUGUAAAUAAACUUUAAAUUUCUUCCAAUCUUCUUCCACCAACUCUUCUCCCUGGUCUCGGAUUCUGCCAGUCAUUUCCACCAGUUCCAUGUAGUCCAUCACCUUCAUCUGCCAUUCUUCCCGGGUGGGUAGAUCUUGUGUCUUCCAAUACUUUGCGAUGAGUAUUCUUGCUGCUGUUGUGGCAUACAUAAAAAAAGUUCUAUCCUUUUUUGGCACCAAUUGGCCGACCAUGCCCAGGAGAAAGGCCUCUGGUUUCUUCAGAAAGGUAUAUUUAAAUACCUUUUUCAUUUCAUUGUAAAUCAUCUCCCAGAAUGUCUUAAUCCUUGGGCACGUCCACCAAAGGUGAAAAAAUGUGCCUUCAGUCUCUUUACAUUUCCAACAUUUAUUAUCGGGCAAGUGGUAUAUUUUUGCAAGCUUGACUGGUGUCAUGUACCACCUGUAGAUCAUUUUCAUUAUAUUCUCUCUUAGGGCAUUACAAGCCAUAAACUUCAUACCUGUGGUCCAUAACUGUUCCCAGUCAGCCAUCAUAAUAUUAUGUCCUACAUCUUGUGCCCAUUUAAUCAUAGUUGAUUUCACCGUUUCAUCCUGAGUAUUCCAUUUCAACAGCAAGUUAUACAUUCUUGACAAGUUCUUAGUUUUGGGAUCUAACAGUUCUGUUUCCAAUUUUGAUUUUUCCACCUGGAAACCAACUUUUUUGGUUGGUUUCCAAAAAAAAAAAAAAAAGGAAAUCAGUAAAUCUCAUCACAGAAUAGGAAGUUGUAUGUCAUGUCAUAACAUCUGGUGUGAGAGCCUAACAUCUGAUGUACUUUAGAGAUCAAGAAAUAUAAAAGUAUUCAUAGGGUUGGAUCCUUAGAGUCCAGUCCCAUGCAUGUCUGCACAGAAAUGCCCUAUUUAGAUCAAUAGAUCUUAGGCUCACCUGUAUAAGCUGGCAGGUAUAAUAAUUUAUUUCCUCCUUUAAAAAAAACCAGCUUGUAGCUUCUCUGUAUACUGUAAUUCAAUGCUGCAUCUGUCGCACCCCAGCUGCUAAAUUAACUGAAAGCUCUUCUUUUUCAGCAUUGAAGUUGGAGUUCGUGUUGAGGCCUUCAAUUGUGAGGAAUGGGCCAAAGGCCAAGCUCGGCAUAUCAACAGUGCCUUUUUAAUUUUUAAUGCUGUAAAUGAACAUGGAGAACUUAUUACCUUCCCCAGAGUCAAAUCUAUUACAAAGGUGAACCUUUAAAAAAAUAGUGAGAGAACAACUGUAUACAUAAACAAGAUAAUCAGAUUAUUAAUUUAGAAAUUAUGAAAUGGAUAGUAUACCAGUAGGAGAAGUGAAUAUUUAUUUGAGUUUUGUAAGAUGAAAAAUAUAUAAAUCAUUUUUGUCCCAUAAGGGGCACUAAUUCUAAAGUGCUUUGGAUUAAUAUUUCAUCUAGAAGACGAUUAUUGAACUCAUAGCCAAGGACUGAAAUACUCUGCCAGUCUCAGGUAAAAGGACUCGUGGUAGUUUUGUGAUCCUAAGAAAAACCAGAAUGAUACUUUUCAGACAGUAUUGUAGUUAACUUAGACAUUUUAUUUAGAUGGUUGGCUUCACAGUAAAGUCUGUGUUAUGCUCUUUAAAAAAAGCUUGUUAUAUUCAAUCUGUCCGCUAUUCUGAAAAUUAGCAAAACUACAAUGUAAAAUUUAUAACUAAUUAUUAUUUUUUCUUGCUUUGUUCAUUGCAAAGGAUGGUUUAAGGCGAUAUCAUGGAGCUAUUGCACGGAAGAAAAUUAGAUUAGCCAGGUACAGUAAGUAAGCCCCAAAGACAGCAUAAAUGUUUAAAAUGCCAUGAACAGUACAGCUGAUGUUGUUUCUCAGCUGCUAUUGUAGAGCUGAUCAUGUUUGGUUUGUGAAACGUCAACAGAAAACAUCAGUGCAUGAGACGUUCCUCACAGAUUGUACACAAAAUCAUUUUGGUGUACAGUAAUGGGAUAUAAAUCCGGCUUUGAACACAACAGAUUCUGGAAUCUCUUCCUCCAUGUGGGAUUGUUAUGGGAGUGAGGGUAUAGUUAGGAUUUUUCCUAACUUUUUCCAGACAUGCAUGUCCAUAACAUGUUGUGUUUAAUAAGCUCUGGUAAAGAAGUCUGUUUUAAUGAACAAUUUGAUGUUUGAGGAGGAUUGUUGCACCUUGUCUGGAGAUGACAGCUUUAAUGUUCCAAGGCAAUAUAACAGAAAGUAGCAGGUGGAACUCUUGUCUCCUACCUUAAGUGUUAUGCUGGGUAAUUUUUUCCCAUGCUGGUGGAGGAAAAAUUGGGAAGUAAAGUGCCUGUGUCCUAUCUCAGUGCCUUAGAGCAUUUAAGAACCCCUUGUAGAUAACUAGGGUUGUAACCAACAUCAACCAUACUCAUGGCCAAUUUAAGUCCAUUAAUUCCAGUGGAUCUAUUUGUUGAUCACUUCUCCUACCUGGGCAGUUAUCUUUCCACAAGAGCCGACACUGAUGCCAAAAUCCAGCAUUGCCUGAGCUCUGUAAGUGCAGCUUUCUCCUGACUGAAGUGCAGAGUGUUUGAUUGGGACAUUCGCAGGGAAACCAAAAUGCAUGUUAACAAAGCUAUUGCACUACCAACCUUACUGUAUGCUUGUGAAACAUGGACCACUUAAAACGCCUUCUCCAUCUCCUCAAAAGAUUCCAUCAAUGGCAUCUCUGGAAAAAAAAAUACAUAUCACUUGGGAAGACAGGUGAACUAAUGUCAGUGUACUGGAAGAAGCAAAGAUCACGUGUCAAAGCAAUGAUUCUUCAACAUCAACUUCGUUGGACUGGUCAUGUUGUUCAGAUGCCUGAUUAUAGUCUUCCAAAGCAACUACUCUAUUCUGAACUUAAAAAUGGAAAGCGUAAUUCUGGUGGUCAACAAAGAGGUUUAUAGACUUUCUCAAGGCAAAUCUAAAAAAAUGUAGUAUAAACACCGACAAUUGGGAAACAUUGGUCUGCGGGCGUUCUAAUUGGAGAACAGUCUUUACCAAAGGUGUCAUGGUCUGGUGACUUCUGUUUCAGUGUAUCUGAAGAAGUGUGCAUGCACAUGAAAGCUCAUACCAAUAACAAACUUAGUUGGUCUCUAAGGUGCUACUGGAAGGAAUUUUUUAAUUUUGUUUCAACUACAGCAGACCAACACGGCUACCUACCUGUAACGUGGACUUUGAAGACGCUUGAACUCAGAAUGAAAGUGAAAAACGUCCUAUGAGGAUGGCACAGUUGGCAAAUCCUCACCUUGAUCAACUCUCACCCGGAAACCUAUGCCCCCACUGUGGAAGGAUCCAAAAUUGGACUCACUGUUAAGACCGUGUUCAUGGAAGACAAGCUUACUCAGCUACGAGUGAUCGCCAAAGAAGAAGAGUCCGAGUAUAAUUAAAUUUGAUACAACCCUAGUUUUGCAGGACGCAGAUUGCAUAUGUGGAGUCUAUGCAUUUAUAGCUUAUAUGUACAAAAGAGCCAACCAUCACAAGGUCAAGGGCGGGGCUAGUUUAUGUGAACCUGUUCCCAUCCCCUCUGUCAUCCGCACAAUGGUUAUCUUUGAAUUUUAGUUAACUACACCUGGCAAAUCUCCAGACAAGGACCUGGCAACCCUAGUUCUGAUUGUUGCAAAUUAUAAGAACUAAGCAUUUGCUAGCUGCAGCAUGCUUGCGCUGACUGCACAAUCAAAUCGCUCAACAAUGAAUUCCCCCCCUGAGGAUUUCCUAAGCUUACUUUUGGCCUUCUUUCCGCAUUGUAUCAACUACAGGAAAUACAUUCUUUUGAACCCGGCAAACAAUUGCACACUUGAUUUCUGGGACAGAGGCAAUCAGGUAACAUCAGUAACAUUUGCAUAUAUAAUAUACAUUAAGGGAUUAAGUGUAUGGCCCUGAUUGUCAAAAAUUGGGUGUAAGAUGAUUGUAUUUUUCUUUGUUUACUGUCUCCUGAUAUUUAAUUAUAAUCAUAAUUGUAGGAGAAUAUCUGGGAUAUUUCCUAUAACAAGUCACAGAAAUUUGGCCAUAUACUGGCAUUAAGUGGGACCAGACCACUCCUUUUUCCUCUUUUUUCCUGCCACCACAACCCUUCCUCCUCAUCUUUCCUUUCCUUGCCACACAUGGGAAUUAGGGCAAGGAUCAUAGGCUGUCUACUCCUGGUUUAAUUGAUCAGUGAAACAUAGCUGUAUACACACAAUGCAUUUAAAGCACACACAUACAAUUCUGGGAACCGUAGUUUAAAUCUCACAGAAUUAACCAACUACAGUUCCCAGAAUUCUUUGAGAAAAGGCAUAUGCUUUUUACACAUGACGUGUACACAACCACAAAUUAGUCUCCUUUAAACAGAAUGACCUUGAUCAUCAUGAGAGUUAUACUCCUACUGUUGAAAAGGUUCAGUUCAGACACUGUCUUUUUCAAGAGGAGAGAGAGAGAGAACACAAUAUUUGUUUUGCAACCAAAUUCCAGAAAUUAUAGGAAUUUCUGUGCCUUGUACAUUUUCCCUCAUUGGUUACUACCUUGCUUUGUGUUUUAGGCAGACAAAAUCGAAAGCAAUGUUACAGCAUUGACUGUUCUGGCAGCAAAGCCUGGAUGGGAAAUGAUUAGCACUAGCCUGGACUACGUAAGUACUCAAUUGUGCAGGAGACACACACAAUUCCCUACCAAUUCAAAGAAUUAAUAUGAAUGGAAAGUCCCAAUACAAUGAGACCUUUUAGUCUACAAAGUAAUUAUGUGUCAUUAAUUUUAUCUCAGACACUGUCCUCUACAUUUCUGCAAUUUAAAAGCUGCAGCUGUUAAGGUAUUUUCUAAAACUGUUAAAAUUAUUUGUCUGCUUCCUCUUCGAAAUCAAAAUGUACAUUUUUAACUAACUCCCUUCUCCCCCUUUCUAUGACUGCUAAUUAGUAUGCUGCUAGAAGACACGCUUUGAAUGUCAAAUUGUUCACAUGGAUCAUGUGACUAUUCAUGUGACAUUGGUUUUUUUCUGCUGAAGAUUUUGAGUCUGGUCGGUUGAGAAAGAAACACAUAUUCUCAGUUGUGACAGUUUCCCAGUAAAACUAACCUGAAAUGAUUUGUGCUUUUGGAUAACCGAUGUCUGACCUCUGUUUGGAAUAGAUAAACAUUAUAUAGUAUUUUUAUGAAUCAAUUGGAAGUAACAGUAUACAGUAUUGAUAUAAAACAUGAGUCCCAAUUUUUUCUUCUUCAAGUAGAUGAAUAAUAACAAUACUUUCAGCAUUUCCUUGCAACUAUACAAAAAAAGCAAGGCAGCAAAAAAGCAAUUCAAGAAAUAUUUCAAACAUUGUAUAAAUUAAGCCAGCAGUCAUUAAAAAAAGAAGAAGCAGUACCCCAAAAAGCCUGUUGCAAACAAAUAAACAAACAAACAAAACAUUUUAAUUUUUCGUCAAAAUGUGAGCAGUAGUAGGGCCAGGCAGGCUUCCUUUGGCAGAUAUGUUGCUUUUUUUUUUUGCUUUUUUUUUGCCUAUCCCAGAGGAAAGGUCCUGUCUGCCAUGCCCAAUCUAUAUACUUCAGAUGUCUGGGCAACACGGAACAGGCUUCUCAAGGAUCAAACAGGUUAAUGUGGGUCAAAGUAUUUUUGAGAUAUUCCUUCAGAUGAUCAUAUCUAGAACCACUUAUAUCAAUAGCCCGGCCACUAUUAUGCUCCUUCUGCCUACAGCAAAACUGAUAGAUCAAAUCUACUGUCACAGCUCCUAAGUCCAGUUUGUCUCUUUUCCUUGCAUAAUUUAGCUCCUCUUUGCUUUUAUUCUUUAUAUCUCUAGCUAUAUCCACUCUGUUCAUCGCUGAAACUUAACGGGCAUAGCAAUCCUAACCCCAGCCCGCGAAAAGCAAAAUGGAUCGGAGUGGAUCACCACAUCCGAAACCCCGCCAGCUCACACUGGCCAGCGAAGAAGGUGGGGGGCCGUUUUUCCUAAAAAAAUUGCUGCACCAUCUCCAGCUGGGCCUCUUAUGUGAUCCAAGAGGUUUUGGAGUUAACAUAUCUGAUCAAAAACUGCUAACAAUAUGUGCUAAAACAGUCCGUUUUGGGACGCGGGUGGCACUGUGGGUUAAACCACAGAGCCUAGGACUUGCCAAUCGGAAGGUUGACGGUCCAAAUCCCCGCGACGGGGUGAGCUCCCGUUGCUUGGUCCCUGCUCCUGCCAACCUAGCAGUUUGAAAGCAUGUCAAAGUGCAAGUAGAUAAAUAUGGUGGGAAGGUAAACGGCGUUUCUGUGCGCUGCUCUGGUUUGCCAGAAGCGGCUUAGUCAUGCUGGCCACAUGACCCAGAAGCUGUACGCCGGCUCCCUCAGCCUAUAGAGCGAGAUGCGCGCCGCAACCCCAGAGUUGGCCACGACUGGACCUGAUGGUCAGGGGUCCCUUUACGUUUACCUUUUUACUGGUUUCCUACCCUACAGGGUGCACUGGGGCUUCCAUUGUGAAGGAACACCCCCCCCACCAGCAACAUGCUUCUCCACCUAUGGAGUAUCCUGCCCCCACCCCCUCCAGCCAUCAACAUUGAGGGAGUAGGAUUGCACUGUAAAAUUAUAGCAAUAUUCUCUUAGAGUGUUCUCUUCCAGUGGUUCCCAAUUGGUGGUCCGCGUAAUCCACCCAGGGGGUCUGUGGCACCAUUCACAUAACAAAAACUACCAUAGAGAGACCAAUAUUUUCUAAAGUAAGGGGUCCAUGAAUGGGAUUUUGAAAAACGGGGGGGACUGCAGCACAUAGCUAAUUGGGAACCACUGUUCUAUUCCAUUAAAGUAAGCAGGAUUCUCCUAGAAACUUUUAUAAUGUUGUAUGGCUGAUACUGUUUAAAGUUAUGACCCAUACUUUCCUGCGUAUUUGAUUUUGGAAGCUAAAGGACCUACCAAUGUUAUUAAUCUUCAUCCAUAAUUCUCUCUCUCUCCCCAUGUAAUAAAAAAUACUUUUUUUAGAUAAAAAUGUUUACUCUUGAGGAGACAGAUGCUUUGUCAGUCAAGGUUGAAAUGCAAGUGCGGAUAUCUUCAGAACUAGCAUUCUCCCUCUUAUCUGACUUCAGACAUCAUGUGCACUGGGUUAAACACUAUUCGUAAGCAUAUAUAUAUUUUCCUUUUAAAGUCCAUAUCCACUCUCAUGAUCUGGUUGAAGUAGAUUUUGCCUUCAUAGACCAAAGCGAUCUGUCAAAAUGAUUUCCUUAAUAUUCAGUAGGACAAUGAAGAAGUUUCAAGUAAAAUACACAAUGGCUUUUAUAAGCUUUUGUAGCCAAGGUUUGUUACAACUCAUAGAUAGUCUGGAGAGAGCUAAAGCAUGAGCCUGGAUUCAGAUGACAUGCUAAGCAGGGGGUUCCCAACCAUUUUUGGCCAUGCCCCACCUGGGUGUCUUUAAAAUCCUGAUCCCCCCCCCCCAUGACAUAUAAUUCUCCUGUAUUAAAGUUAAUGGCCUUUUAGGCUUCUUCCACUCCUAUUCACGUGGAAGAAGCCUAAAAGGCCAUUAACUUUAAUACAGUGGUACCUCGGGUUACAUACCCUUCAGGUUACAUACGCUUCAGGUUACAGACUCCGCUAACCCAGAAAUAGUGCUUCAGGUUAAGAACUUUGCUUCAGGAUAAGAACAGAAAUCGUGCUCCGGCGGCGCGGUGGCAGCAGGAGGCCCCAUUAGCUAAAGUAGUGCUUCAGGUUAAGAACAGUUUCAGGUUAAGUACGGACCUCCGGAACGAAUUAAGUACUUAACCCGAGGUACCAAUGUAACGCAUUCUCGAAUUGCCCCCCCCCCCCAAAAAAUCAAAUUGCCCCCCUGUGGGGGGGGGGUGUCCUGCGUUGGAAACCAUAGUGCUAAGCCAAGUGACGGUUUAGCUCAGCAUGGCCAGCAGCAAAACAACUAGGGAGGAGUAUGGCUUGACAUUCUCAGAGUGGUUUAACACUCAGUCCCUCUUCCCAGAGAACUCUGGGUAUUGUUGCUCUGUGAUGGGAAUAGGCAUCUCCUAACAACUCUUUUGGAGAAGACAUGACUAUUAAACUGGUAUCAUAGAUCUAAAUGUAUAGUAUAGAUGUGGCCAUUGUCUUUAGAAAAAGGUACUUUAACCAUGUUAGUUGGACAAGGAAAUAGUUCUGUAAAGAUAUGCUUUUUAAUAAAGAUAUGCCUUGUCAGCAGUGAAAGUGUUGAACUGGCCCAAAUAUAUCCUACCUCUUAGAUUUCAAAAUGAUUAAAUGUGCUCCUAUUUUGCAUAGUGUUGUAUGUUGAAAAGUAACGGGCUGCAGCCCUAAACAAGCUGCACUGGGAAACAGGUGAAGAAUUAUGUAAUUAGUAGGCAGAAAUGGUUAACAUUGACUUUCUCAUUUUACUGCAUUAAUAAAGCAUGUUAUUUUUAUCUUCAAAAGUUUUGUCAGCAUGGCACUUGAAAGUGGAGCAAGGGAGGAAGAAGAGGCAGAGCUGGUUAGAUACAGUUUUAAUAGAUGCAGGUUUAAGCUGAACUUGGAGUGAGCAAUCACUUUUCCCAUGUUGCUUCUUUUUGCCGUUCUGUUUGGUUUAAAUGUUUACUGAAAAAAAUGAAGUCAUGUGUAACAGUUAUUUAAUCUGAAACGAAAGCUGCACAUUCCUAGUCACAAUUUAGAUUAUAAAGAACAUAUCCUUUAAUUCAUGUUUUACAUGAUACCUCAGCUACUAAACUUCACUAAUGUAUGGCUCAUGUUCUUACAGAACGUGUAAGAUUAUCCAGAAUGUGACCCAAGAGGACAAAAUAUAUCACAUUACAUCCAUAUCAAUUAAUGGAAAUAAGCCAGAUGAUUUUUUAAUUCUCGUGUCUCAAAGAAAGCCUUGCAAGACUGGGUAAGUAGUUGAAAGCAUGCCCAUUUAGUGUCAGGUAAAUUUCAAGCUUUCUACAAUAAAGUAACAGGACCCACACACCCAAAAAUAAUUAUAUGCUGUGAGUUUGGAUGAAAUAAUUAUUUCUUGCAAAAUGUGGGGUGUCUUAAUUACACAGAAACUCUGGAAAUAGCAAAAACUGCUUUGUAAAGACUGAAGGCAAAGGUACAUGUGUGAAAGGCCAUUUGUGCAACACCCCCUACACCGGGGGUGAAGAACUGGCCUCUCCGUCUCUGAGUUAAGUUUCACAAGCUUGUCAAGUAACCCACUUUUGCCUGUGUGGAGAAUCAGCUGAUCAGUGGGGCUUGCUAGCAUAGUACUGCAGCACCAAAAUUCUCUCUCUUUGGUCCCACUUUCUCUGUGAUGGGACACAGAUAUUCUCCUGAAAGGGGAAAUUUCACUAUUGGGUGGAUCAGUGAACUAUUUACAUGGUGAUGGUUUACACAGGGUGUUGUUGCUGCCUGUCUGCAAGGUUGCUGAGCCCCAAGAGCAAAUGUCUUUGCAGCAACAGCAAUUAGAUACUUUCAGGCAGAGGCGGAUUUAGGGGAGCGCGACUGGUUCUCCCACACUGGGCGCCAAGCGGACAGGUCGCCGCAGGGGGCACUGCAACAAUGAUGAACCACUGAGGGCAAGAGACAAGGGGGACUGAAUUUGGUGUUGCACAGGGCGCCCACUGAAAUUUUAAAGCUCAAAGUCUGCCACUGCUUCUGGGAACGAGUUCACAAUGGGUCCUACUGUGGAAGGCAUGUAGAAGCAGAGAGAAGAAAAACAAUGGUAAGGGUGAAGGGGCAGAUGGAGAGAGCCAUCUUCCUACUUCUCCCCAGCCCCUUCCACUCACCAUAAAUCAUUGCAUAUCACUACUUCGUUACUAUAUUGUGUGCUACAUAAACAAAGAAAUGUAUUAACCUCCCAUGCAGUGCAGGGUUAAGGCACGAGGUUUUAACAACCCUCCCCCUGCACAUAAAAAUAUAAAACUGAGCAACUAAUGUCUUGUGACCAGUACAGUAGCUGUACAAGAGCAUUUUAGACAGCUUAGAUUUUUGUUGUGGCUUGUUGAUAACACUACUCUUAUUAAAUUUAGAGACCCUUACAUAGUAGCUGUGAGGUCAGUUGCCUUGACUUCUGUUCCAUCUUCUGAGAAUUACUGCAGGCGUGAAAUCCAGUGUGCGGGAUUCCUGAUCUACCCUGAUGGAAACUCCUCUUUUGUAAGCAGCAUUGUAAUUAAAUACAGUUCUUUUAUGUGCUUUACUCCCUUUACUCUGCCUUUCUUUGUGAUAUGUAGGGCUGCAUGAUAACUGGUUUUCAAUAUCGUGCUAUAUCGCCACCUAAACAUCGCAAUAUGUUGAUAUAUCAUGGUAUCUGAAAAAAGGAAGGAACGAUGCAGAGGCGAACAGGACAAUGCGCUGGCAACUGCUACUACUUAAGGGUUGGGCUUGGCUACCAAAUGGUGGUACUCAGGACAAUCCAAAGUAUGGUGAUGAGUCAUAGUGAAUACAAAUAAUCUGGGACUGCCAGCAGGCCUGCUAGGCGGCAGUAGCAGGCCUCAGCAGGCUGCCACAGCUUCUACCACCGCCAGGAAUUGCAGGCCGCGGCCACUUCUUCCCACCACGGCGAGGUCUCGCAAGCCCCACUGCUUGUGCCACCACGAGGCCUUGCAGGCUGCCACUACUAUUGCUACCACUUUCUGUUGCCACCACAAGGCCUUUCAGGAUGCCGCUACUGCCGUCACUUCCUGUCACUGCCGCGAGUCCCCACAGGCCUCUGCCAUGAGGACUCACAGGCCACCACCGCUUCUGCUGCUGAAUCUUGUUGCCACUGUAAGACCUCGCAGGCCAAUGCCGUUACUGCUGCCAUCACUCCCUGUCACGGCCUUGCAGGCCGCUGCUGUUGCUGCCACCAACUCCCAUCACUGCUGUGAGUCCUUGCAAGCCGCUACUGCCACUGCCUCCCAUUGCUGCCGUGAGUCAACCACCCAGGCACCAAUGAGACCCAGACUUACUUAGCUUCCACAGGGCCUCAGGGCUUACUUUUGGGUGCAAGGUCACUUCAGUAAUCUUUCCCUGUUAAUCCAGAUGACAGAGUCAUGCCUGCCAGUGCUAUCUGCACUUGUGUUGUGGCUUGAAGCACCAACAUAGGUUUUUCCUAUGCUAUCUGGGAGGCCGACACAGAAAGCAAUUGAAACGUUCUUGCAUAUUCAUACUGCUCUGACCAGCAAGAAGUGAUACACUGAAAUAGUGUUAAGAAUGAAGCCCAAGUUGUUGAGUAUGAAGUAGAACUAGAUGUUUUUAGUGGUUAUUUCACAUAACUCAUGUUAACCUUCUAUAUGUUUAAAGGUUUCCUACUACAUCCAAGGAACACCUGGUGUUAUGCCUUAUGUUGCUGCAACUCUUGAUGGCUCAUCAAAAUCAAUUGAGGAUACAGCUUCUGGGUGCAUUCAUUUCUUGGAGUUACAGAGCAGCACAAUGGACUGCACUUAGUUAAGCAAUACUGUGUCAAGUACUUUAACAUUCUUUAUAUCUUGUACACAAGCUGUCAUUAACACCAAUAUUUAUCAAGCUGGCAAGUCAGUUCCUACAUACUUUUAUAUUCAGGACCUGUAUAUCUAAAUCAUUACAAUGUUCUACAUCAUCAUACGACGGAGCUAUUUAAUGAUAAAUUUAGUAACUAAGUUAAGCCAUCUUUCACCAACAUUUCAUUGUUCUUUUGGAGUCCUCAGAAAACUUGUCAAAGCAAUACAUAUUACUGCACACAAUUUAAAAUACUGAUUUUUUAUUUUAAAAAUCUCAUUGUAAGUAAAUUUAAAUUUCUAUUGUAAAUAAUUAUCCUAACAGCCGUAUUUGUUAUUCAUGAUUUUGCAGUUACAUAAUGCACACAUGACACUCUGUAAUAAGCACUGAUUUCAGAAUCCUGAGAAUGUCAGGUUGUGUUUCCCGUUUCUUGUAGUUGCAAACACAGGUACUGUGUGUAGGCCAAGGUUGUAUUUGAACUAUUAAGUCCUGGCUUAGUAAGGGCAUGCAUGAGCUCCAUGUGCUUUCAUGCAGCUCCUUUGCUCUUCCCUCUGCACAAGAGUAGGAUGCCAUAGUUAAAACUUGGCUUAUCGAUCCUGACUUGUUUAGAAGCCAUUAACCAUAAUGAUUUACUGCGGCUGCCUAGGUUGUUUUCCUGCUUGCACAAUGGGGCAGCAUGUGAAUAUAUAGGUGUCCUAUGCUAUUUUAAACUACUUGAUACUGCUUUCAAAAGGAGCUAGUGUAUACAUUUUAGUCAUAUCAACAUACACCCUUGAAUUAAAUAAUUAAAACUAUGAGUGUUAUGCUAAUUUAGAUUUAUGGCUGUAUAAGCAUCUCGUUAUUUAUUAUAACUAAAAUCAACCUGUAUUGGGUUUUAAAUGGUAUUUUGUUAUUGAACUUCUCAGAAAAGCAAUGAAUAACUAAAACAGACAGAAUUCCAGUAGAUUUUAGUAGGAACUGAAUUGGGGGCCCGAAGACAACAUUUCAAGAAGCACAGUCUUCCUUCAGUGCUGUUCUAUCACUGAAUCUUGCACGCAAAUAUGUGCUCUAACCUGAGCUACAGCUGUUUCUCAAAAUGCUAUGCGCAUCUUGCAAAUGGCCACUCUCCACUCGCUAACCAUUCCUGCUUCUCCAAAGUAAAAGAAAACUGAUAUCGCUGAGAAAAGUUCUUCCAGAAGCCACAUGGGCAGUGCCAUUAACAGAUCAUCCGGGAAAUACACUUUGGAACUGUUGAAGUGUAAGUAAUUUGUAAGGAGAGAAUGGUAGUUAAAGACUAAAUCUGUGAUUAUCCAGAUGUCACAGCAGACAGCAAGUAGUUAACAUAAAUGAAAUUGCAAACUAU